UUUCCGUAGACAAGAUGGCGGCGCCCGCCCUGCGAGCCGGGCAUGGCCGGGCGGUCGCCUUGUGCGCCGGCUGGUCCCGGUUUGCGGCUUUUGAGCGGCGCCGGCGGAAGAUCCAUGACGAGCCGCCGGAGGCUCCGGCCCCCCGUGCAGGCUUGCUGGCCGCUCAGCACGAGCGGGGCCUUUUCCAGGAGAUCUUCCCGCCGCAGGCCGCCGAGGACCAGCUGGUGGAGCUCCUCCAGCCGGGCCGCCCGCCGGUGACGGUCUACUGCGGCUUCGACCCGACGGCCGACUCCCUGCAUGUGGGCCACCUGCUGACGGUGAUGGGCCUGCUGCAUUUCCAACGCGGGGGCCACAACGUCAUCGCCCUGGUCGGGGGCGCCACCGCGCGCCUGGGAGACCCCAGUGGCCGGACCCAAGAGCGCGCGCCCCUGCCGGAGGAGAUGGUCCGCGACCACGCGCGGGGGUUGCGCGAAGGGCUCGGGCGGCUCUUCGACCACCACCGCGAUCUCUUCUGGGCCGGCGGGGCGCGCCUGGGCGAGAUCACCUUGCUGGACAACGCCAGCUGGCUGGAGCGCGAGCCCCUGCUUGACUUCCUGGGGGCGGUGGGGGGCCACCUGCGCAUGGGCACCUUGCUGAGCAGGCAGAGCUGCAAGGCGCGCUUGGUCAGCCCCGAAGGCAUGGGCCUGGCCGAGUUCCUCUACCCGGCUCUGCAGGCCUACGACUUUCUGCAUCUGCACCGCCACUACAGCUGCCAGGUCCAGCUGGGAGGAGCUGACCAGAUGGGCAACAUCAUGUCUGGCUACGAUCUCGUCUCCAAGGUGACAGGCGAAGAUGUGUUUGGAAUAACUGUGCCCCUUAUUACAAGUACUACAGGAAACAAACUUGGAAAGUCUGCUGGAAAUGCAGUUUGGCUUAAUAGAAAUAGGACUUCUCCCUUUGAACUGUAUCAGUUUUUUGUCCGACAGCCAGAUUCCAUUGUGAAAAGAUACCUGCAGAUUUUCACUUUCCUCCCACUUCCGGAAAUCAAUCACAUCAUGGAAAUGCAUGCCAAAGAACCUGAGAAGUGGGGACCUCAGAAGCGUCUUGCAGCUGAAGUAACUAAACUUGUUCAUGGGAAGGAAGGUCUGGAGUCUGCUAAAAGAUGUACAAGAGCUCUUUAUUACAGCAAUGUAGAUGCUCUGGAGUCUAUGUCCGACUCAGAGUUACAGGAACUCUUCAGAGAAGCACCAUAUAUUGAAAAGCUUUACGAACCUGGAACGACAGUACUAGAUCUGUGUCGGAAAGCCAAUGCUGUGGCAGAUGGGCCAAGGGGGCAUCGUGACAUAACAAGCGGUGGAGUCCAUAUCAACCACAUUCAGGUAACCAAUCCUGACGCUGUUCUGAUUCCCGGCCAACAUAUUCUCAAUAAUGGUUUAUCGCUGCUCAGGGUUGGAAAGAGAAACUACUAUAUUAUAAAAUGGCUUCAGUUGUUACAAGAGGAGACGGGCUAGCACCUCGACAAAAUCUGCCGCUUCGUCAUAUCCUGAAAAUUGAAGUUGACUUUUCUGAAUUGAAACUCAUCGCAUAACUGGCUCAGGAACAGCAGAGCGCUUGUGAUGGAAAUUGCCUUUUUCUCACUGUGUGAGACUGCCUUUGGGUCUGUCAUUAAAAAUGAGUGAUCAGCUGUGUUUUAUAUUCAGUCAUGUUAACUACUCAUGUGUUAAGAUAGAUUUUUUUUUUACAUUUAAAUGUUACCAGUUACAGGAUUUAUUGUAAAUGCUGGUAAAGAAAAGAAUAAGUCCAUAGACUUAUGGAAAGUUCCUGUAUAUUAAAUGCCGUUUCUGGUACUAA